CCGCGCUAUAAUCAGUUUCAAGGUCUUAAUUCUUUCGAAUGGAUAGUUUACUCUUAGAUGUGAUUUCGGCAGCAAAAUUUGGAUUCAACCUGUAUAUAGACCUAUUGCGUGACUGCGAUUUCUCUGCUUUAAUAGUAUCAUCUAUAACCUUUGUGCUCAUUUUGUCAGUUUUCGGUAAGUGAUGGUUACAGCAAUUAUUGUUAAGAAAUAUCUGAUGGCAGGCUUGCAUGCUCCUUUUACGCCUGUGUGAGAAAGACCCCCUUUAUAAGAUCUUACAUUAACAAGAGGAUAGAUGAAGCUUCAAAAGAAAUACAUAUGGAGGUUCAUAAAAAAACUUCACAUGUCGUAUUUGAAAAGAACCUUCCUAUCUGUGGACAAUCUGUGGUAAUCCGUACUAUAGCAAUCUAAAUUUUUUAGGAGAAUGUACUCUCAAGUGCCCGGAAUUGUAGAUUGUAUUAUAGAAUAUAUAAAGUGGAACGAAGGCUUUGUUUCUGGAAGCGUUUACCCAAGAGAUAAUGCUCUUACAGUUUUGUGCACGGAUAUCUAUAAGGAAUUCCUCUGGACAAAUCCAUUACAUCCGGAGAUUUUUGUUGAUAUUCGACGAAUGGAAGCUGAGGUUGUACGUAUGUGUGUUACAAUGUUCCAUGGAGAUAAAGAUGCAUGCGGUACUGCUGCUCUUUAUGGAUUAUCACAAAUGAUACCGGAUCGUUCAAUUGUCACUGAAUUAGCUCAAUGCUAUUUAAAUGCAUACUAUGAUACACCAAAUAAUGAAUCAUAA